AUGAACUCGUUGCACCAACCUACGGUAGGCUUCGAACGUAAGGCGGAGUUCACGAAAACGCAAUCUGCUGUAAAGAGUUCGACUUCGUGGGGCUCACGGUCUGCCGUCCAGCCGGUACAACCAAAACCGUCCAACGCCAGUGUGUCGUCAGGAAGUUCGGUCAACAGUGCUGCGAUGUGCUGGAAUUGUAGAACCGUUGGACAUCUCUCAAGGUCUGCCAUCUGCUAUGGUUGUGGUGUCGUCGGUCACAUUCGGCCGAAUUGUCCGGAACGGGGCCAGUCGAGCGUGGCUGUGGUAGCACGUGAGACGAGAAGCCACCCCUACCGGAGGUUUGGGCGAAUCAAUGGCCAAGAAGUGGACGUUUUGCUUGACACGGGUUCCCAUUAUAAUUUGGUCAAGGCGAGCGUGGCCAUAAACUGUGGUCUCUCGGUGAAGCCUACUGACAAGUCGUUGUAUGGGUUGGGCAGUACCACUAUUCCUUCUGUGCGAGCCGUCGGUAUGGCUUAUGCCGAGAUUGCUGUGGAUGAUGUGUGUCCCGGACAAGUGUCCAUGUUAGUUUUGCCAGAUACCGUGCAGCAGCCCGACGUGAUAAUAGGGCGUGAGUGGUUAGAUAUGCCCUCGGUAGAGUACCGUAAGGUCGAUGGUCAGCUGCACCUAUAUCAAGCUGAGCCGUGCUCGGGCCAGACGGAAACCACAGUUACAACGGUUGGCUGUAACGCCGAUUUUAUACAUACUAUGGAACAACAUGUGAUCCCAGCUCGUUUGCCAUUGCUGGAGGCUGAUUUUGGGUAUGUUAAACUCGAUGCAACUGCUGUUGAACGUGAAGGGCUGAUCGAACUCGUGAACGAAUACCGUGAAUGCUUCGCUAAGGACCUAGGUGAGCUAGGCUGUACGCCUUUAAUGACUGUAGAUAUCAAUGAGGUCCCAGGCAAUCGACCCGUGGUGUGUCGUCCGUACAAGACCACCCAGUCUGAUAGAGAAGAGAUAGCUAAGAUAGUGGCUGAUUGGAAGUUGCAUGGUGUGGUUCGUGAUACCGUUUCUCCGUACGCCAGUUCGGUGCUUUUGGUGAAGCAAGCCGGAGGGAAAAAUCGACUUUGUAUAGAUUUCCGGAGACUGAACAAACAAACGGUGAGACAGCACUAUCCCUUUCCUGAUAUGCAUGAACAGCUGGAGUCUCUCGCGGAAGGCCGUAUGUUCACGCAGCUCGACCUCGCUAGUGGUUAUCUGCAGAUACCACUGUCUACGGAGGCCUCGGAAAAAACUGCUUUCAUCACCUCCGAUACAACUGGUGAAUUCACCCGUAUGCCUUUUGGCCUCUCCGGAGCAGUGGCUGAGUUCACCCGUUUGAUGCAGCGAGUUAUCGGGCCGCUCCAGGGCAAAAUAGUUCGAAACUACUUGGACGACAUGAUAAUCGAAGGUCGUGACUGGACUGACAUGCUGAGAAAACUAAGAUUGGUGCUCGAUCGAUUUAGGGACGCUAAAUUGACGUUAAAGCCGCCAAAGUGCCAGUUUGGUACGGCUCAAGUGGAGUUUUUGGGUUUCGUGGUUGAGAACGGCGAGAUUCACCCGGGUCGCGAAAAGACUCGCGCGAUUGUUGAGUACCCCGUGCCGAGUGACGUGCAUUCUGUUCGACGGUUUCUCGGACUCACUGGAUUUUUCCGUCGGUUCGUGCUCGGAUAUGCUGUCAUAGCAGAACCACUAACUGCUUUGUUGCGCAAAGGUGUGAAAUUCCAAUGGGCUGAUGGUCAGGAACAAGCGUUCCGCAAGCUGCAGGAUGCCCUUGUGGGUGACACGGUGCAGUGCAUGUUCCGGCGCGACGCCGAAGUGACAAAAUUACAUAUCGACGCGAGUGCUGACGGUCUAGGCGCUAGUCGCAAGACAAGCGAUGCGGAGUCUCGCUACCAUUCUAGUAAGUUGGAGCUGUUGUGCCUAGUGUGGGCCGUAAACAAGUUGCGACAGUUUCUGUUCGGUAUAAAAUUUGUGAUCUUAACUGAUUGUCAAGCGUUAGUCUACUUGAACAACUUCAAGAACCUGAACGCUCAAGCGGCUUGUUGGCAUGACUCCUUGCAGGAGUAUGAAUAUGAGGUGAAGUACAGGGCCAGUCACCAGAUGACUCAUGUGGACGCCCUGUUUCGAGCUCCGGUCUCAACUGAAGAACCACCGCUGGAUGAUGUAUUGGUGUUCUAUUGUCUGAAGAAGAACGAGUGUCGAUGUGUCAGUCUUCAGAUGUUGACAUUGCCCGUGUCAAGUUGGACAUGA